GUGUGGAAUGUAUAUAGCUGUCAAAACUAGUCCCACCCAAUCUUGAAGUCAACAAAGUCAAUAUAUUGUUUAAAUUUAUUGUAUAUAAAUUUGUAUCGACACAUUUGUAGAAUUUUGUAUUUCUGAUACAUCCUUUCUAUUGUAUACUACAAAGAGAAGUUCUUUUCAAAGUAAUUAUAUAUCCUCAAAAUUCAAAAUAAUCGAAAUCCUGAUAUCCUAUAUUUACAAUCACUCUGAGUUUCCCUGAAAAAAAUUUCAGCUCUAUAAGCUUAUCUGGGCAUUAUUACUAUUUUUUAUUUAAUAGACGUGGUUUUUAUUGAGAAUAAAACAUCCAUUGUAUCAGAGUUAAUACUUUUAAAAUCAAACCAAUUGAAAAAUAUGGAGACAAAAAUCGAAGAGCAACUAAUAGAUUGUGUUGUCAAAGAGGAGUACAUUAUGAAUGAAAACUCUUUGAUUUAUAUUAAAAAAGAGCCAGAAGAACCCCCCAAAGCUUUGAAUGUAUCUGAAGAAGCGAUACAAUUUGAGAAUCCGAUGAACAAAGAAGCAGAACCAAGUACGAAGGUUCCACUAAAUAAGAAACACCAAUGCCCAAUUUGCCAAAAAAAGAUAAUCAGCGAAUGGCAUUUAGAUAAACAUAUCAAAACUCACUCUCAUCAUGAGAAUAGAUUUUUCUGUUGUAUCUGUUGCACAAACUUUAAAAAGAAGGGUAGUUUGAGGUUACAUAUGAAAUAUAAUCAUAUAAGACGAAUUCACGAGAAAAAACUCGAUAAUGAAGAUAAUGAAGAAGAAUGUCCAGUUUGUGGAAAGUUAUUUUCAUCAAAAUUCAGUUGCCAACGCCAUCAAGAAACAUUUCAUAGCACGAACGAAAAUUAUUACAAGUGUGAUAAAUGCGACAAGAAAUUCACACAUCGCUCAUAUCUCCGUAUACAUGCACACGUUCACAGCAGAGAAAAGAACUAUAUUUGCCAGAAAUGUAAAAGAGCAUUUAAAACACAGAAAUUUCUCGAACGUCAUGAGAAAAAGCACGCCAACCAAAUGCUCCUUCCAACCUACAAAUGCAUUUUUUGUCCUAGGACUUACAAAAGCACAAGUGUUUUAAACACUCACAUGAGCAGAUCGCAUCACUAUUCAUCUAGUGCAGCCGAUGUAUCAGAUUGUAACUUAAACAAUACGUGCGAUCAAGAUACGACUGAAAAUGAAGCGUCCGCGAAUUUAAAGUGUGAAUUUUGCGAGAAGAACUAUUUUAACAAAGAAUCACUUGCAGAACAUAAACGUGUUGUGCAUGCAAUUGAAAUAUAUGACAAAGAUCUCUUGCGAUGUCCUGUAUGUUACAGGGGAUUUAAGCAAAAGCAGCAACUAACACUACACAAGGUAGUUCAUGUUAACAGACCUCUUUUCGCCUGCGAAGUAUGCGAUAAGAAAUGCACUUCUACUGCUCGUCUCAGGGACCACAUGAGGACUCACAGAAAUCAUACCAAAAAGGAACUCUUGCAUUGUACCUUGUGUAAAGGAAAAUUUACGCAAAGGUGGUACUUGGAUAAGCAUUUAAAGAGAUAUCAUGGUCAAGACAAAUAAAUUCAUGUUUCAAAUUUGCAUUAACUGGAGAUACCAACAGAUACAAAUAAAAAAAGAUGUAAUGAAA